AUGAAAAGGAGAUUGAAAAGCUAAAAAACAAUCUCUCAAGAAAUAAAGAGAAGCUUACAAGAGCUCUGGAAUACAAAGCAGAUCGAGAAGAACUCAAAGAUCAACUCAGGAAAAGUAAACAAGCAAUUGAGUUACAAAAAGAGGAAACAGAGCAAGCCAGAAAGGACUUAGAUGAGGAAAGACACACCUUGAGAAUGGCACAAGCCAGAGCUCAGGAGAGGGGAAGGAAAAUUCAAGUAUUAAAUUUGGAACUCACGGAAGUCAAGGACACCUUGCAGAUUGCCAGGAAUGUUAUUGAUGAAAAAGAAAACAACAUGAAAAGUUUAAGGGAAAGUUUGGAAACUGAGAAAGAAUUGAGGGUCAAGCUGGAAAAGGAACUAGACAUUAAGUCACAUAUUGAGAAGAAACUGAAAUUUACAGAAGAAGAGAAACACAGAGUUGAAUGUCGGUUGAAAAAUACUGAACUGGAGUUGAAGGAAACUGAGAAAAGUCUGGAACAAUCAAAUAGCAAAAAAAGAGUAAGUUUAGUUAUAAGAAAGCGUAUCGUGUACCAGAAUUGAAUAGCCCUGUCCAACCUCCCCUCCCCUCCCCCCAUAAAAAAGAUGGAACAUAGUGUUAUGUGGCAGCCUCAAAAAGGGCACUGCCAAAGGCCAAGACAGUCUUUUUCAUUUCA